AUGGCUUGGGAAUUGGAUGAGUAUGCACAGGCUCUCCUUGCUCUUGCACAUUCGCAGCCGUCCAACUUGCCGACUCCAAGUAGUACUCCCAGUGCCCCCAGUGCCAACUCCUUGUUCGGGCCACCACCGCAUAUCUAUAGUGGGCAGCAUGUGUGGGGAGAUCAAGCAUAUCGCACCAUGCAACACCAGCCACUGGUGCACUCGACCACCGCCAACAGCACUACAGGAGUCACCACAAGGGGUGUGGAUGACCAUGACGUAGGCCUGGACUACUAUGGUAACCAUGGAUGGGGUGGAGAGGCUCAAACGGCGCUCUUGUCAUUGCCAUUAGUACGUCCUGAGCCCAGAACACCUAUGCCUACCAAAAAGCCUCGUGGAUCCACAACCAAGGCCAUGCAGACAAACACAAAGGCAGAUGAGAAUAUCUUCCCACCUGAUGUCAAUCUUGAAGAUGGUGGUGAUCCUGUGGAUGAGGUGAUGCAAACUACUUGUUGGUCCGCUGACAAAAAGACCCUACUGUUUGAGUGUAUACUUGGCCCUGACUCCGACAAUAUCUUUGAAUUGCUCAAAAUUGCUCUGAAGGCAGCCUUCGAAAAGGCAAGUCUUAAUUUUGUGUGUGAGAUUCAUACUUAG